UCGUAUAACACAAUUAUGAAAGAAGGCACAUAUCUCAUGUGGCAGAAAAAACAGACUGGUCAAGAAAGAAUUGAUGAAAUUAAGGAAAUGAAGAAGUGCUGCCCUGAAACAGUUCCAAAAAAGGAAGAAGAAAUUAAAGCACUUAUGAGCAGACUUAACCUUAUGGAUUGGCAACAGAAAUGUUUGAAAAGUACUGACUGCCUUGAAAUAACUAAAUCCUCACUAAACUACAACAAUCCUGAGAGUAAUGUGGCCCAAGUCUUUCUAAAGCGGCUACUAACAAUGAAUUACAAUGCGAGAUACUGCAUUAGAAAGGAAACCAAAAAACUCUCAGGAAAUACUGAAAAGACAGAAAUUGAGCUCCACCCCAUGGAUGUCCAGAUGGCGGUGUUCUACAGCUCUGAUCAUUUCCUAAAGCAGCUCAUAGCAACUAAACUAGCUCAGUGUCAGUAUGCUCUGCCUCUGCUGGUGCCCAAUCUCCUCACCAGAGAGAUCGAGUUUCCUCUCUGGACCUUUCGCAAAGUCAAGAAGAGAUGGAGGACUAGAACUUCCAUUACUGAGGACAAAAUGAUUGUUGAGACAGAAACUCCAAUGGUGGCAUUCUUUAGGUUUGGUUCUGUAUCUUCAUCUAAGUCUCAGCUGAUUAACAGCUUGAUCAAUGAAAAACAUCACACAUUCUUCCACAGAAACUGUCCAGGCAGCAGCACAAACCAGUUGCUGAUGGAUGGAGUGGUGGAGAUUGCUUGGUACUGCCCAUCUGGGAAGGAAACUGAUCAUUUCCCUGACUGUGUGGCGUUCUGUAAUCUUCAUGGUGAAGCUGGAGCUCAUGUGACACAGCAUGAUAUUUUAACAAGGAUGUCCUCUCUGAAUGUUGUCUUUAUACCUGAUUUUGGUCAGAAAAAUCACUACAAGGGAUUAGUGAAACGGCUCUUUAACUCCACAAAGCCUCUGAUUUGUGUUCUGACAGAUGAUGAUUCUCCUGUAACAGAGCUGGUAAAGGGGAAGUUCAGUGUUGGAGUAAAGGACAGAAAUCAGCAUGAUGUGUGUGAAGAACUGAAAGGAACUAUCAGACACUGUCUAUCAGAAACGUCAAACACCUUUAAACUAGAAGAUCUGGCCAAAGCCACACAGGUCAGAGUUAAUGAAGAUAAUGGACUCUGUAAUAAAGGAAAGGAAGCUGCCUUGAAGAUAAUGUCUCUGCUGAAGAAUAAUGACCAGUCCUUACACAAAGAAACAAGUCUACCAUGUCAGGGGAAACUGUGGCAUGACUGGUGUAAGAGCAACAAAGAACUACACCGACCUCAUGGAAACAACAUAGUCAAGUACACAAGAGAAAAAAACAAGGAAAUGGAUAAAAUCCGGGAACAGCAGCAAAAACAUGGUCUUAGCAAAUUCAUGAACUGCUUUUUCCAAGGACUGAAUUCUGAGGAUGCUGAUGAGAAACUGUAUUUCCUGAAAUGGGUAGAAAUCCUUCUGAACAAUUUCACUGUAAAACGUCUCUCCACCUUACAUCAGGAGUAUGAUGAAACCUGGUCAAAAGUUUCGGAAGUAAAGAAAUCUCAUGAUAUAGCAGAUCAACAGGAAACUAAAAAAAAGCUUGAGGAACUGUCAGAGCAGCUGAAGUCUGCUUCUUUUGGUUUAGAACAUAUACUCAGGGAGAUGGGGCAGAUAUAUGAGUCAUAUCAGUCUGUAAAAAUAAAAAAAACAGAAAUGAAGCACAAAGCAAGCGUUCCUCUAUUUCCUGCUCUUGCAGCUGAACUCAUUCUUUCAGGAUAUCCAUUGGAGCUGAUGGAUGGAGAUGCUUCUCAUGUUCCUCUGAUCUGGGUUUCAGCAGUUCUAGAUGAACUUGUGAAGGUCCUGGGGGAUCAGAGAGUGUUUGUGCUGUCAGUUUUGGGGAUUCAGAGCUCUGGGAAAUCCACCAUGCUGAAUGCCAUGUUUGGACUCCAGUUUGCUGUCAGUGCUGGAAGGUGCACCAGAGGAGCCUUCAUGCAGCUGGUCAGAGUGUCAGAGGAGAUGAAGGAAGAGCUGAAGUUUGACUACAUUCUAGUUGUAGAUACUGAAGGACUUCGAGCACUUGAGCUCGCAGGAACAUCCACUCAACAUCAUGACCAUGAACUCGCCACAUUCGUUGUUGGUCUUGGAAACCUGACCUUGAUCAAUAUCUUUGGUGAGAACCCUGCUGAGAUGCAGGACAUCCUUCAGAUUGUUGUUCAGGCCUUCCUGAGGAUGAAGAAAGUCCAACUCAAUCCCAGCUGUUUGUUUGUCCACCAGAAUGUUCCAGAUGUUACAGCCGGACAGAAAAACAUGGAGAGACAGAGAAGAUUAGAAGAUAAUCUGGAUAAAAUGACCAAGCUGGCUGGUGAGGAGGAAUCCUAUGAAGCAGAACAUUUUAGUGACGUCAUAGCAUUUGACAUAAAAAAAGAUGUGAGAUACUUUGCACAGCUGUGGGAGGGAAGCCCACCCAUGGCUCCUCAAAACCCAUUAUACACUGAACAUGUGGAAGAGCUGAAGAAGACAAUACUGUCCAGAGCCACAGAAAGUCCUACUGUAACACUGACACAGUUUAAAUCACGGAUUAAAGAGCUCUGGCAUGCACUUCUAUGUGAAAACUUUGUGUUCAGUUUCAGAAACACACUGGAGAUCGCAGAAUACAGAAAACUGGAGGAGAAAUAUGGGACAUGGACCUGGGAUCUCAGGAAAUCUAUACGAGAUAUACAAGACAAACUACACACCAGCAUCAACAACAAACAACAGUGCACAGUUGAGAGAAAGGAAAUUAUAGAUAAAAUGAGAGAAACAUUUAAUAAUGUGACAGAAUCAGUGCAAUGUUACUUUGAAGAAAAUAAAGAUGAGAGAGACCUUAUUCAGCAAUGGAGAGGAAUGUUUAAGCAAAAGCUUCAAAAUCUACAUGAUGAACUUGUGACACAAACAGUCAGAGAGCUGCGUGAGAUCAUUUACCAAAAGCAAACCUGCAAAAACCUGGAAGAUCAGAAAUCUAAGUAUGAUUCAGAACUUUUUAAAAAGAGCAAAGAGCUGGCUUUGGAUCUGAAAAGGGAUGAAAAGCAGUUGAGUGAAAAGCAGGUAAAAGAACAUUUUGAUUUAUUGUGGAAAAACUGGGUCUCUGAACUGACUGCAAACCUGACUAGAACACAAAUGAAUGUAGCAGAGGACAUAACACAAAUAUUGUGUGAACUCUAUGAAGGAAGACUUCUGUCUGAGAGGAAAUCUGAAACGUAUAAGAAAAUAAGCACGCGAGGUGAUUAUAAGAACUAUAUAACACAUAAAAAAAAGUGGAAAGUUACAGGUUGGCUUUUACAGUUACCACCUGAGAGCCAAGACUCUAUAAGGCAACUGAUCCUUAAAGUCAUUGAGCAAACUAAAGACCUGAUUAAAUCAAAACCAGUUGCAAAGACAGGCUACAAACCAGCCUACAUUCAAGAGAUCGUUCGACUGGUAAAAGAAGCUGUGGCUGAAUAUCAGUCUCCAGAUUAUGAGUUGAACAAAAAGUUCUCACUGGAUCUCUCUCUGAAUGUGUGUGACAUUGCGAAAGCAGAGUUUGAAAAGCAACAGAAGAAAUUUGAAGAGAGUUUUAAUCCAUUAAUCUAUCUUGAGAAAAUGAAGCCAGAAUACUACAGAGUUUUUCAGAAAUCCUGUGAAGGUGCCACAUCUACAGCAGUAUUUGGAGGAUUAAUCUGCAGACAGCUUGGAGACUCUAUCCUACAGAGUGUGUACAACAGUGCUGAAAAUUAUCUGGCUGAUGAAAUGAAGGCAAACUGUCCAGAAUUUAAUGGAAGCAGGACAAACCUGGAGAAACACAUUCUCAGAUCACUUGCUGAAGAGCAGAACUUUAAAAGAUUUAUGAGCUACAUCUUGACACCUAAGGAACAUUUAGAGAGCUUUAUUAAAGAUGUUGUAAAAGUUUUCAUGACUAAAGAAAACCCCAAAGUUCUUGCUCACAUUAAAGGAAUUCUUCAACACAAACAGAAGUGUGUAAUCACUGCAGCAGAAACUGCAACUCAGGAAGUGACAGAGAGCAAAGGAGAUGCAAAUAUCUGGCUGGAAAAAUUCUCCAGUGGUCUGAAAGUUGAUGUUGAAUACAAUACGGAGCAUCUGAGUGGAAGUAACUGUAAAGACAUCAGUGAUUUUCAGCUGCUUACAGAUGUAGUGAGAAAAGAAAUUCCCCUCAUUACUGAAGAGCUGAACAGGAAGUUAAACAGCAUGUCUGAUCUUAAAAUGGAGAAGUUCAGGAAGAGUCCAGAUGAGAUUCUGACUGAACACCUCUGUAGAUGCUGCUGGGCUCAGUGUCCAUUCUGUAAAGCCAUCUGUACCAACACAAUAGAGGGACAUGAUGGAGAUCACAGCGUCCCCUUCCACAGGGUAGAUGGUAGCAAAGGGUGGCAUUACAGAGGAACAACAAAUCUCUCCACUGAUUUCUGCACGACAAAUGUACAAAGUAAUAAAGGUUUCUACCCAAGUCAUAAUAAUGAAGUGCGUAUUCCUUACAAAUCAUACAGAGACGCAGGAGGAGACUAUGAGACCUGGAGCAUAACCCCAGACACGUCUGAGCUGCCAUACUGGAGGUGGUUUGUGUGUACAUUCCAGAAGGAUUUGGAAAACCAUUAUAAAAAAACAUUCCAGGGAAGUGGAGAAAUCCCUGAAGCAUGGAAAGAGUGCACAAAGGAAGAUGCUCUUGAGAGUUUGGAUAAAUACAUGUAA